GUAUUGCUAAGACAUUGUCUACGUUGUGUUAUUUUUUAGAUAUGGCACUUGUUCGACCACGGCCGAAAGUAACUAGGCAUCGGUAUACCGACCCUACGAUUAUUAAUCGGGCAUUAGAAAGAAUAAGAAGAGGAGAAAUUUCGAUUCAAAAAGCAUCAUCGAUUUACGAAAUCCCACAUUCAACUCUAUGGGAUAAACUUCAUGGGCGUCGACCGAUCACCGGACGGAAUGGCCCGAAAACGAUCUUAACAAAUGAAGAAGAGGAGCUUCUGGAGAACUGGCUGAUAGAAAUGUCCAGAAUUGGGUAUCCACUGACACGGGUACAACUUCAGGAUACUGUAAAAAGAAUCCUGGACAAAGAUGAGCGACAAAAUCCUUUUAAUGACAACAGGCCCGGACGAAGAUGGACAGAACUUUUCUUCAAAAGACAUCCUCGACUUACUCGCCGCAUACCAGAACACCUUGGCAAAGAACGUGCUGUGAUCGGUUUUGCGAAGAUUGAGGCAUGGUUUAAGAACUUUUGGAGGUAUGCCGAAGAAAAGGAGUUGCUUUGAGCACUAGAUGACCCCACUCGCCUUUUCAAUGCGGACGAGUCGGGAUUUCCACUUAACGUAAAAACUGGUAGAGUUAUCGCCGAGCUUGGUGCUAAAGACGUAUAUCGUUUGGGCAACACUUCAAAGACACAAAUCACAGUUUUAGCGUGCUGCAAUGCAGCAGGCUUUUAUGUGCCACCUAUGAUGGUGUUUCCGGGGCGGAGGUUUGCCUACAGUCCAUUAGCAGGCGCACCAGAGGGAAGUUUCCUUGGGAGAAGCCACAACGGAUGGGUAGAUUCAGAAGUAUUUUUUAAGUGGGUAUCAAACCACUUUUUGCCAUCCGUUCAAAAGGCCGGAGUGACAUUUCCCAUUAUCCUAUUUGUAGAUGGCCAUGCAUCGCAUUUAAACCUUGAAACUUGCAAAUUCUGCCGUGAUAAUGGAAUUGUAUUGUAUUGUUUUCCCAGUCAUUGUUCGCACAUAAUGCAGCCACUGGACUUAGCUGUUUUUGGACCUCUUAAGUCUAAAUGGCGAAAGGCCGUGCAGCAAUUUCAAUUUAGUAAUCUUGGGGAAGUAGUAGAAAAAUGGACAUUUUCGAAGGUGUUCAAUGAACCAUGGACACAAUCAUCCACCAAAAAAAAUGCAUCUUCUGGUUUUAGAAAGGCGGGUCUGUUUCCGUUCUCUCUAGAUGCCAUCGAUAAACGAAAACUUAAACCAUCUUGCGUUUUCGACAAGGAUGACACCAACCAUCACUGGACGGUGGCAGCUCAAGAGCCAGCAGUAGCGGCAAUGCCAGGACCAGCACCAGAGUCUGCAGCGAAAACACCAGAGCUGGCGGCAAACUCCGAGGUAUCUGCCACCGAUACGUUGGUUCUGGUAGAAUCGUUACUGGGCGAGCAACGGGUGUCGCUGUAUAAGUGCCGGUACGACAAUGGCUACGAACUUGCUGAUGACUCUCAGUACACGACAUGGAGCAAGCUCAAGGCUAAGGCCAUACGUGAACAGCUCCAGUCAAAAUCUCGUCCAGCUACCAGUAAACAUCCUUGUUUAUCCCUCAGGAGCAGGUCAGGAAUCUUAUCCCCACCAGUGGAACCAUCUUCCUCGUCAUCUUCAUCUACAGCUUCAUGUUCAGCAAUUUCUUCGCCUUCUACUUCUGCACAAGAUCCGGUUUCCUCAGCAUUUCGGGAGCACUUGCGUAUCCCGAAAAAGCAGAGGACUUUAUCAGCCAAUAAAAUCAAAUCCCGAGAAAUGUCGAAGGCAUUGUCUAGCGAGCAGUUCAUUGCAUAUGCUGAGACGAAAGCCAGUGCGAAGGCAGCGUUGAAAAAUGCGAAAAAACAAAGAAAAGAUGAGCGUAAGGAAAAGAAGGACGUAGCCUUGAAAAUGUUGAAGAUAAAUGGAAACAUCUGUUCGAAAUGUCGCAAAAAAUAUGACAGCAAAAGUUUGUGGAUCGGCUGUGAGUGUGGAAGAUGGUUUCAUUGUGCAACCAAAUGCUGUGGGAUAGACGAAGCAGAAAGCAUGACCAAAGAGGAAAUUGAGUUGUUAGACUGGUAUUGCAACUGCUGCAGUUAAAUACUAAAUAAUGAAAAAGCGGUAUUUUUUUUCUCUUUUGAUUCAUAUAAUUGUAAUUCCAAACCCAAAUCCAAAACUCGGAUAUAUCGGGAUGGUAUCCGAUAGGUUCUACCAUAAAUAAGUGAUUUUUUCUCUUUUAAUUCAUAAAUUUGUAAUUCAAAUCCUGAAACCUAGACCCAGAAACACUGGGAUGGUGUCCGGCGGGGGAUGGUUUUUACCAUUAUGUGUUUUUUCAUUUUCAUAUUUUGAUGUUUCCUUGCUGUCACUAUGCCCAGUUUUAUUUGAUGUUGGUGGACAGACUGCAUGCUGGUUCUUCUUUAUAAAUAAAAAAAUUAAUUAAAA